AUGGACGAGGAUCUGGAGUUGGAUUAUGAUGAAAUUAUGCCUGAGGAGCCAUCGAAAAAAGAAGAGUCAAAACAGGUUCAGUCCAAAAAUGAAGACAAAUGGAAGGGGUAUAAAAUCAGAAAAUUUCCUGAAUUUCAGAACCGACCUGAGCUACACUAUGAAAAUGGAAAAUUACGAUCUGUAAUUGCGAAAGUCCCAGCUCACCCAACCGUCAGAAAUGAACGCCGUAGGCAAAUUUCACCAACCCGUAACCGUGGCAGCUAUCUUAAAAAUGAAGAAAAUAAAAGAAGGCCACCAGUAAAUGAGCGGGAGGUGAGUAAGAAGAAAAAACCGACGGUUCCUCGUUUCGAGGAAUUGCCGCAAGAAGAGCCAGAGCCGCCACCCCAACAAGUGAAAAUAAAAAGAAGAGGCCCGAAAGAAACGAUAGAAGUGCUUAAAGGAUGGGGGCUAUUGGAAGAAUGUUUGCCUGGUCGAGGGGAGCAUAGAGAUUGUCGGUUAUUGAAUUUGGAGGCUUUGAUAGGUAAUUGUGGAGGGGCUUAUGAGAAGAUAGCACCGCGAUCAAACUCCCAUCACUACCGUACUCUUCUCCAAACUUUUGUGGUAGAAUGGACCUUUCGAAGUUUCCAUGGAUCGGCUCAGUCAGAGAAGGAAAGGGUGGACGCUGCUAGGGAUUUAAUGAUAAGGGUGUUAGAAAAGCCGGCCGAAGCACUUUUGGCUUGGGAAGAAGCACUACCCAUACUUAAGCCACAAUCAAAAGAAGCAAACGAUUGGCCACUGGCAACGCUGAAACGCCUGAUGGAAAUAAGGAAGAGCCACUGUCAAUUAGCUUUGCGCAACCUUACACUAGAGCCCAACAAAGCGAUUAAUGUAGUAAAAGAAGAAGAGUGGGCCAGGGCGAGUACAAAGGAAGGGCAGUCGGCUGCUGGACUUUUGUCCCAGCGGUGGGCGCGCGUUUUAACCGAAAUGAAGGCUGAAGAAGUUUAUGGAAAAGAAGUAAAAGUUAUGCACACACCAACUUUAAUAAUUGGCGACAAAUUGGGUGUGGAUUUUGGCACUCAAAUGAUGAAGUUGUUUGCGUCCGGACCACAUUCUCCUCAUCAAUUAGCCACGUUGGUCCCAAACAAAAUUUAUGUGGGGAACGAGGUGAAUAGUGUAGUGGUUUUAAUGGGCCGGGACUACAUUAAAGAGGUUAACGGGCCACCAGAAGAAGUUAAGAAGGCUCUUAGAGAACUGUUAAGAAGUUUAAGGGGGCUAGUGAAGAAGAUAGUGAUAGUGGCACCCCCAUUGGUACAGACGAAAAAAGUAGAAUUUGAAAGACUCUACUCAAUGAUGUCGGAAGUGUGCAAGGAAACUUCCGGUGUUGAGGAGAAGAAGGCAUUUUGCCCAAAGAAAAGGGAAGUCCCACAGGAAGACAACAACAAGCCUGGGACUUCUGGAAGCGGUCGGACGAGAGGGGCCCCAAGAGUCUUCGUCACCCGGGGAAGCUUUUUGGCCUUCCUGGUAGUUUUGGCGCUGGCAACAACAAUAGGUGUUUCGGCAACUCCACCAGAAAUUGAGGCAAGUGGAGGAACGGGAGUAAAUUGGGCAGGGGUUUUUUGCCUUCUGGCCACAUUAUUCUUUAUUUUUCAGUCGAACGCUAGCAGCUCUGUUUCAGCAAUAUGGGGGUGUUAUGGCUUGAUUGGAGUAACACAGGCAAUGAACUUGGAUGCGUAUUGGUGCCGAUUUGGCGAAUCGCAACUAUGGGACUUGUCAAAAAAGGUCAGCUGCUUAGAUAUAAAGUCCCCGGAAAUAAAGACAGCACCCCUGGCAAUAAAUAUUUACGAAAAAAUCGAAUCACCGUUAGUCUUUGGGGCUUACUGGUGUGAGAUAAGACGGGACAUUACCACCUACUAUUCAAAUUGGCUGGGUGAUAUCUUCCCUAAACACGAAACCGAAUGGUGGGAGCUCGAAGGCGAGGAAUGCCUUUUAAUGGGUAGGAAGAAAAAAUGCCCAUUCGGGGUAAUGAUAGAUUCGGGAGCUGGAGGCUAUAUGACAAAAAAUGCCUUGGAGAUGAAGAAGCCCGGAUUUUUCGAAAGGGUGUUAAAUACAGAGCUCCAGGCUAAUGUUUCCAAUUGUUACGUGCAUAACGCGACUAUUUUGGUGGACCGAGAAACCUGGGAAGUCACCAUACCUGGAGGGGUAAGAAAAGGAAGUUGCUUUCUCAAAAAUGGAAGCUGCCCUCUAAUAAAUUCUAUUGUGACCUGGGAAGAAAUGUUGCCUGUGGAUAGAUGUAAAUUUGGGCUCAUUAAAUCGAAUUGGGCCGGGGAAGUUGAGUUGGAACAUCGAAUUUGGUCUACCCCCACCCAGGACUUUGUUCUGAGCUGGAAAGAGCCGAAACGUAUUAUAGAUUGUGGGAUUAGAGCUCUUGUCGUUUCAGACCAAGGGCUAGCGAUAACUGAGGUACAGUACAAACAAUUAAUGGAAAUUGGAACUAGGAAUAGGAGGGGACUCAUUUCCGGAGCGAUAAUGGCGGGAGCAGACACGGCUGGAUCUUUCGGAGCCAUUCGUGCGCUCAACCGUACCCUUGCGGCGAUAGCCAAAGAGAACUGCCUCCAAAAGUCCCGAAGGAUGGCCGAGCUCACAAGAAAUACAAGCCAGAUGGGCUGCUGA